ACGGCGAGAGACAGACAAUGACAGAUUUGCCCUCGCAGCAAACUGGAAACAUCCACUGAGAGAGGACGAGCACAGAGGUGAAAACUGGAAUACUGCUGCUCCAACAAACUGCCGGCUUCACGCACUAAACUGUGCUGUCUGCUUUUUGUUUCAGCAUUUUACAAACACAAUGGCUGCCAUAUCAGAUGAAGAUCUCUCCUGUCCUGUCUGUCAGGACAUCUUCAAAGAUCCUGUAGUCCUGUCAUGUAGUCACAGCUUCUGUAAAGACUGUCUGCAGAAGUGGUGGGAAGGGAAACAAAUACAGGAGUGUCCAGUUUGUAAGAGAAAGACAUCAAGAAGUCAACCACCUGGUAAUCUGGCAUUAAGGAACCUGUGUGAGACCUUCUUACUGACGAGAGAUCGGAAAGCUGCAAAGACUGUCUGCAGUCUGCACUCUGAGAAACUCAAACUCUUCUGUCUGGACCAUCAGCAGCCGGUGUGUGUCGUCUGCAGAGAUUCAAAAACACACAACAACCACAGAUUCAGACCCAUCGAUGAAGCUGCACAGGAGCACAAAGAGGAGCUCCAGAAAUCUCUGAAGCCUUUACAGGAGAAACUGAAGCUGUGUGAACAAGUUAAAGUAAAGUUUGAUCAAACAGCAGAGCACAUUAAGGUCCAGGCCCGACGCACAGAGAGGCAGAUUAAGAAGCAGUUUGAGAAGCUUCACCAGUUUCUAGAAGAGGAAGAGGAGGCCAGGAUGGCUGCACUGAGGAAGGAAGAGGAGAAGAAGAGUCAGAUGAUGAAGGAGAAGACUGAGGCUCUGAGCAGAGAGAUAGCAGCUCUUUCAGACACAGUCAGAGCCACAGAGGACGAGCUGAGAGCUGAAGACGUCUCAUUCCUGCUCAACUGCAAGGCUGCAGUGGACAGAGUCCAGCAGCGCCCCCUGCUGGAUGAUCCACAGCUGCCCUCAAGAGCUCUGAUAGACGAGGCCAAACACCUGGGCAACCUGAGCUUCAACAUCUGGAACAAGAUGGAGGACAUGGUCUCCUACACUCCUGUGAUUCUGGAUCCAAACACUGCUCAUCCAAAACUCAUCCUGUCUGAAGAUCUGACCAGUCUGAGAUGUGGAGAGAAACAGCAGCUCCCUGAUAAUCCAGAGAGGUUUGACUCCUUUCACUCUGUCCUGGGCUCUGAGGGCUUUAACUCAGGGACUCACAGCUGGGACGUUGAGGUUGGAGACAGUACAACCUGGUUUCUGGGCGUGGCAGCACAGUCUGUCUUGAGGAAAAGCAUAACAUGGUGUGGAAUAUGGAGAAUAGGAUUCUGUAAUGGUACAUAUAAAGCCUUCGCCCCAUCAGCCAGACCAGUAAUUUUGCCAGUGAAGAAGUUCCAGAGGAUCAGAGUUAAUCUGGACUGGAACAGAGGAGAGCUGUCAUUCUCUGAUCCUGAUACUAACACACACAUACACACCCUCACACACACUUUCAAGGAGAAGCUGUUUCCAUUCUUCAGCAAUAGCAAUAAAUUCGGGAUUAUGAUUUUACCAGAGGAGGAUGAGGAUGAGGAUGAGUUUUAAGAAGGGACUUAAAAGAGAUCACUGACUCGGCCGACCUGAUUACCUCGGGCAGACUGUUCCAGCAAACAGCAAACACUCUGUCCCCUUUAGUUUUCGGCCGGACCUCUGGAACAGACAGAAGACCUCUGCCCGAGGACCUCAUACGUCCUGGGGUGUAUGUCACUAAGAGGUCAGAGAUAUAACUGGGAGAGAGACCAUGAGAGCCUUAAAAGUAAUCAGAUAAAUUUUAAAAUCUAUUCUGAAAUAAACUGGGAGCCAGUGUAAAGAGGCUGAAACUGGAGUGAUGUCAUCAUGUCUCUGGCAGCUGAUUUCUGUACAGUCUGGAGUCGAUGAAUAGAUUUUCGAUUCAGGCAAGAAAAGAGGCUGUUGCUGUGAUCCAGGUGUGAAGCGAUGAAGGUAGAGGGUAGAUUUAUUUAUGAGAGUAUGUCACAAUUUUUCAGUUUAUAUUUUGUAUUAAUAAUCUAAAUGUGAAAAGUUAUCAAAUAGAAGUAGUGAAGUACAAAGUACAAUAUUUCCCUUCAAGAUGUGGAGUAGAAGCUUAAAGUAGCAUAAAGUGCAAAUACUUAGUAAAGUACAAGCACCUCAAAAAUUUACUUAAGCACAAUACUUGAAUAAAUGUACUUACUUAUUUUUCAUUGCUGCACUUCAGAGGCAAAUACUGUACUUUUUACUCCAUUACAUUUAUCUGAUAACUAGUUACUCAGUAGAUUCAGAUUAAUAACACAAAGGAAAUCAACAAAUCUAAAUUAACAAACUUCUUGGUGGUCAACAAAGUAAUUAUCGUGAGCUCCAUCUUUUCCAGCUGCAACAUUAAAGUGAUGAACACAUUAAUGCAUCAAUAAGUAUAAUCCAAUUUUAUUAUUCUGAAAUUAUACAGUUUAUUUGUACGCUAAUACUCACAUUCUUUUGCUUUCGUACAAUUUUGAAUGUAGGAUUUUUACUUGUGUAUAUCUAACAGAUUAACAGAUUUUUGAUUCAGGCAAGAAGAGCGGCUGUUGCAGUGAUCCAGAUGUGAAGAGGUGAAGGCGUGUAAAAUUGUCUCUGUGUCUUUAAAAGUUAAAGUGGGUCGUAUUUUUGAAAUAUUUCUGAAAUGAUACUGAGAAUACACAGCAGUUUACAGCUGUGGGCCUAUUGUAGAAUAUGUUCAUUCAAGUUAAUUUAAGGGCUUUUUAUGUAGUUAUUAGUUAUGAAAUACUGUUUAACAGUUCAAGAUCAUUAUGUGUCAGUAAUUUUCUUAUCAACAUAAGAAUACAAGUAUUGCAGUUGGAGUAACUUCAGUACUUCAUAAUGUUCUUUAUGGUUGAGGCAGUGUGGGUAAUUUAUAUUCUGUACAGUUACACUUUGUUAUUUAAUCUGUUUUACAGCCCUUUAAUCUGCAACCUGCUGUGUUUGUUUUGAUGAUCUCAUUCUGUAAAACAAUAAACAAUGAUGUCAAGAAGGAAA